UCUCCCAUUCUGCCGGUCUUCCUCUCUCUGCAUCCUCACAGGGAAGAGAAGGGUAUAUGGAAAAGCUCAAGUCUUCCUUUAAGUCUCUCCAUGGAGCCAUCACCAACAUGAAGCCUAGUCCAACAUGCAUCCAAGAGCCUAAAACCCAGUCCUUCAGGGAAGCAGACCUCUACUCCAGCUUCUGUCACCUGUACUGCGACUCUGCUACCACCUCACCCUCCUCCUCUGGUCACUCCAAGCCCAACGAGACCAGCUGCGAUCAGCCACCCAUCGAUAUACAUCUCCUGCACCUCGACGAGGAAAACGUCUGCAGCGAAGCCGCUACCAUGUCCUCUUCCUCCUCCUCUUCCUCCCCCCCGCGAACCAUCAGAGUGAACGACGACUCGGAUAACUUUCCGCUGGGGCCGAUAAGCUCCAAGAGAUUCUUCUUCUCCCCGCGAACCACCAAGUCCAUAAUGGAGGAGGCCAAGCCGGAGGCGGGUGUUGUUCGAGAAGUUACGGAGGCGAGGAGACGGAAGGCUUCCUUCUGCGACGGAAGCAUGACGGUGACGAUGGCUUCGCGGGACCCCUACUACGACUUCCGGGCGUCGAUGGAGGAGAUGGUGGUGGCGCACGAGCUCCGCGACUGGCAUUGCCUUCAGGAACUGUUACAUUGCUACGUGAGGCUGAACGAGAAGAAGCACCACAAGAUGAUAGUGCUGGCGUUUGCGGAUUUGCUAAUGCAACUCAUGUCCGGGGACAAGGAGAACCGCCCUGCGGCUCCUCCUCAUCUCGCUUGCUACGACGGUGAGGUGUCCGAUUAGUCACGAGGACUCCGAUUCAACUGUGUUCAUCCGAUGUAACUAUUGUCAUGCACGCCUCUGUGGUUUUCCUUUUGCUGGUGGGAGUGUGUUGAUUCCAAGGGGAAGUGUGAAUCAACGGUGGGUGGCUUUUGCUUCAGGUGACUGACUGCGGAUGGAGGAGAUGAGAGGUGGUGGAUAGGAUUUAGUUGGUAGUUUGGUAGGCUAUAUUUAUGUGCUUGCUGCUGGCUUAAGAAAGCCAUCGCUGCACUUCACCGUCUCUGCUCUGUAUAUUUCUAUUCCCACAGAAAAUGUCAUCAAC